UGUACAGAAAUAAAGUUUGUCAAAUGAUCACUUAAGAGGUAACCGGAUCACACCUCACCAACACUACUGGCAAUGCUUGAUGAAUAGAGAAAUAGCGGAAAAAAAAAUCUAUGUGGAAGAAAUGUAGAACGAACAAUAUGCACCGUUACAAAAGCGUUCGUCAUUCAAUGUAAACAAGAGAAGAUGGAAGAAGAGGGACAAAUCCAGGAACCUCCCGCUCUUGGUGUGGAUGGACAGCCACCGCCUCAGGAGACCAAGCAAGAACAGGGGAGCAAGGUCCAGCCUACCAAGAAAAGCAAUCUACCCAGCCUUCCUACAUUGGCUCUGGGUGGGCAGUUCAUUAAGCAGAAAUUCAGGAUGGCUCUGUUGGUUGACGUGCUGCUGAAGGCAACAGGAGAUGCACCAAUUAUGAAGAAGAAAAAGUGGGCAGUGGAGGGAGAGAAGAGAGUUGGCUGGGUAGCUGACUUCAUCCGAAAGUAUCUCAAGAUGGACCAGAAUGACUCCUUGUUUGUGUAUGUGAACCAGAGCUUUGCACCAGCACCUGACCAAGUGGUAAGAAACUUGUAUGAGUGCUUUGGUUCCGAUGGAAAGUUGGUGUUGCACUACUGCCGUACCCAAGCAUGGGGGUGAAUGGGGUCAGCUCUGUGAGUGAAAGGGAGAGUCUAUGAAAUAAAAGACAUGAGCCAAAGGUUGACUAAGACAAACACUAAAAAAUUAUAUUUGAAAAACAUUAAAUCUAAAACUGUUUGUGCUGUGAAGUCUGAAAUUUAGUUUAUGAAUAAAAAAAAAGUGGUUGAUAACUGUAUAGUAAUUUAAUAAAAACAAAAAAAUUAUCUGUUCAUAUCAAGUGAUAGAAACAAAUUGAAAGAAUAAAUGGUAUUUGGCAAAAGAAAGAGAAAAAUACAUGUAGCUUAGAAAACUGAGUGAUUUUUAAUUGGGAACACAAACUAAAAGGGGAUUAGAUAACAUACGUCAAAAAAUAGUAAAUGUUGCUGUGUAACAGACAUUCAUUCAGGCAGUGUGGUCAGGGAGGAUUGGUCCUCUUUCUCCUAGAGGAUAAAAUGUGAAGGAAUGCUCAUUGGUGAGUGUAUGUAUGUGGAUGUGUGGUCUUUCCUACCCAUCAUUUGCACAGGAUGUCAACCUGGCAAAUAGAUAUGAUAAAUAAAGCAUUGUACUUUAAGCAAAUGUCAGUAAAUCAAGUGAAAUAUUAUAAUGUGAACACUGCAAAAAAGUCUGUGAGAAAUUCUUAACUUGACAGAUUAAAAUGCAGAUCAGAUGUUCUUAUGUUGCUAGUUAGAAAAAAAAAAUGUAAAUGUGAUUAAAUAUAUGAAUACAUAAGACUAGAUAGCAUUAACUUUCUGUAUAAUAGAAAAAAGAAAACUUGUUUAAUUAUCAAAAUGACAAAUAGUAAAAAGGGAUUUUACUCAUCAUUGGAAGAAAUGGCACCAAAGUUGAUGCAUGAUCCAUGUUAGAAUUAUAAGGGAAGAAUGUUAAGCAGAGGGAUCCUGGGUAGCAUUACUUCAGUAGAAGCAUAGUGGAUGGGAUGUUUAAAAAUAUAUUAUUGUUAGCUAUUUUCACAACUUUUUCAUGCAUUGAAAAGUUAUAUUGUGGACAUAUAUGAAUUCAGUUCAUUGUGUUUCCCGUGAGAUGAUCUUGUCAUGUAAUGUUUAUUUUAUGAAAAAAUAAAAAAUAAAAAAAAAUAUAUAUAUAUAUAUAUAUAUAUAUAUAUAUAUAUAUAUAUAUAUAUAUAUAUAUAUAUAUAUAUAUAUAUAUAUAUAUAUAUAUAUAUAUAUAUAUAUAUAUAUAUAUAUAUAUAUAUAUAUAUUGCUUAAUUACAUUAGAAAAUACAAAUUUUACAAUGUUUGGCGAAGAAAAUGUGGGCAAGAUUUUGAGUCUAUCUUGUGCAACAUAAAACUGAGAUAUGAAGGGUGUAUGCACCAUCUUGAUUCCAAGAUUGUCAACAUUUGCAAUAUAUUUGUAGCGUUGUGACUCAUGUGUGAUAUACAUGUCAUUACCUAAGCUGGCACCUGAAUACUGCUCCAUGCAUUAUUUUAUUUUCUCUGAUAUAUAUCAGCCCAAGGAAAGACUUACAGAUAUCGAUAAGGAGACAUUGUUGAAGUUCAUGCUUUAUACAGGGUGUCUUGCAAGUUAAGAUACAUAGUUCAAGUAAUUCUAAGUCAAAAAUACUCUAUACACAUUUGCUGCAUUUUGCUUUAUUUUGCAAGAAAUUAACACAUAAGUUGUGUGUUGCAGGAGGUGCUCACCUGGGUGGGUUUCUACCUCCUUCUUUCCCUCCUUGGCUCACUACAUACUUGAGUGGCACCGCGCAGCAUUAAGUGAUCAUUUAUUGUGUAUGAUCUAUGCAUUCAGAGCCUUACAAGAAACAACAAAUGACAGAUUAAAUUUAAGUGAUUUCAAAUUUUGCUAUGUUCUGUGAAUUUUGCCCCUUUCAGUAUUUGUAUUUGUAUUCUUGUACUGAUGGUGGGGUUUUGUAUUGUCACCUGGAUGAUGCCACCUUGAGCUGGUCCAACAUGCUCAGCUACUGCAGAAGUACCAGAAAAACAUCCUCUUUCAGGGAGAUGCUGACACACUGUUAUCUGGUUGUCUUAUGUCUUGUGUUACCUGUGCCUGUAUUCUGCUGCUGCAACCAGGUAUUCCCAUCACAGAGUGAAUAUCAUGUCAUGAAUAUCAUCACAUGAAUAUUUUGUCCAAAUACUUAUUGUUACUGAAUGUGAAAGGCAUCUUCACCAUAGCAAGAGGUGCACUUUGGCAGUCUGCUGAUUAAGGAGAGUUGUCACUUAGGUGUCAAGACAUCAACUGUUGAUUGUUGAGUGUUGAGGGAGUGACAGUUGCAGUGAGUUGCCAUGUAUGUUUUGAAAAGUAGCACUUAACAACACUGUAUUGCUGUGUUACCUGUACAUUUUCUUCACUGACACAUACAAAAAUUUAACAUGCCAUUUGCUAUUUCCCGUAAGGAUUUGACUGCAUAGAUUGUGCACAAAAAAUGAUCACUUAAUGCCAUGCAGUACCACUUGAGUGUGUAGUGAGCUGAGGAGGGAAGGAAGGAGGUGGAAGCCCAUCCAGGCAAGCGUCUCCUACAACACACAACUUAUAUAUCAAUUUCUCACAAAAUGAAGUAAAACACAGCAUAUGUGUAUAGUAUUCUCAACUUUGAAUUACUCAAACUAUCAAAUCCUGAAGUAUGUACCUUAACUCAUGGGACACCCUGUACACAACAACUAGGUGAAACUAAAUUGGUAACUACACACACAUACCUAUAUGUAUCACUUAGAAAGAAAGAAAGCAAGUAUUCAUUGAAGUCUUGUGUGAAAUGUGUUGCUAUUGUGUCAAGAAAUGGCAUCAGUAUAAUGAAGAAUGUAUAAAUUAUUGUUACAUACCUGUCAGAAUGAUGAUUGAAGAUAUUGCAUAUAAAAAAGAAAAACAGUGAUAGCUAGCUGACAUAUGAAUGCCUACUUAUACUCUGUGUGGAAUAAGUAAAGGUUUGUGUGUGUGUGCGUGUGUUGUGUGUGUGUGUGUGUGUGACUUCAUAAGUGAUCUGUAAUGUACCAUUCAUUAAAUACAUUUUCUAUGCAAA